AUGCCAGGGGACGGUAAUGGUCCGCCUCGGUUACGGGUCAAGGAUUUAGCGAAGAGAUUCGAAGAGAUCAGCACUACUCCAUUCCCGCAAUCGAGCCGGCCACAGAAGCGGGUCGGCAAAUUUCGAAUCAUCGCUUCAAAUGAUCCGAUCAAGGUAGGCGUUGCGCGGAAGCGGAGCUCGUUGAAGAAGAGAGCGUUGAGUAGCUACGAGAUUUAUCAAGCAAAGCACUCAACGCGUCGCAAAUCUCAGUCACUUUCCAGGGCGACAAGUAAAAAGAAUCUU